AUGUAGAUUAUUCCUUAUAUAUUUAGAUUAUAAUUUUUUGUUUUAAAUUAAUGUAUGAUUUACGUAAAAAUAAGUCCCCUUUACCGGGAACGCCUGUAGAAUCCUCAGAAAAUAAAGAUCGAGUACUUCGAAAAGUUAGAGAAUUAUGCGGAUGGAGUCGUCCUUCAUUUCCUGGAUCCCAACCGACCUCUCUUUGCAGAGAAUCAAUAUCGCUGUUGCUAAGGAAUGACUAUGUAGUAUGUGAAAAGUCAGAUGGAGUUAGAGCUUUACUCUUAUCCGCCUCUGGAUCUAUUUUCUUGAUAGGAAGAUUGGAGGAAGUUCAUGAAAUUAAGAUGAAAUUACCCGUGAGGGGGAAUUUAUCGCAAUCGCAACAGUUGACAUUGCUAGAUGGAGAAGUCGUUAUGGAUGAAAACAUUGAAGAUAAUUCUGUAUCAUAUAGAUACCUUUGUUAUGAUGGAAUUUGUAUACAAAGGAAAUCUUUGAACAAGAUGAACCUUAUGGAGAGACUAGCUUUUGUUUACACUCAUGUUAUAGUCCCGUUGAGAAUGGCUGGGAUAUAUUCAUCUACACCUAACAAGCCUACUGAUGGCACUGAUAACUCAGAAGCAUAUGAUAAACUUGAAAUUUACUUGAAAGAUUUCUUCGACAUAACUCAAAUUAAACAUAUAAAUAACAUAUCAGUAAAAUUACCACACAUAUCGGAUGGACUAAUAUUUACUCCAGUUAACAUACCUUAUUCACCAGGAACAUGUAAAUCGCUUCUAAAGUGGAAACCUCCACAUCUCAACACUGUUGAUUUCGGGGUUGAUGUAUUAUACGAUGAUAUUAAAAGACCGAGAUUGGUGCAACUUUUCGUAUCAGAUUCUGGAACAAGGGUAUUUUAUAACGAAUUUCUGGCUCCAUACGGAGAUGUGUACAAGAAGAUCAUGGAAGUUGCACUGACCGACCAAAUAACACAAAUCAUAGUCGAAUGCUCUUGGAUAACAGAUUCUAGAAUUUAUACUUUCAUACCAAAUUUAAGAAACCCUAAGGCUGACAUUAAACAAAGAUCUACGCAGAGUUUAACAGAGGGGAAAAUAGAUUAUGAUUUUGAUAACGGAACAUGGAUAGAAGGAGGUUGGUAUGCGGAAAGGAUAAGAGAGGAUAAAAACCUACCAAACCAUAUAUCUGUAGUAAAAAGUGUUAAGUCCAGCAUAGAAGAUGACAUAACAUUUGAGAUGUUGGUUGAGGAGGUAGAAAUAUUUAAGAAAAAUGGGAAAAUACCAUUAUACAAAAAGAGCCUGUUGCCGCAAAAGUACGAAGUCUUGUAAUUUUAUAAUCAUGAAGCAGAUAAUGUGACCAGUAUUGUUAGAAUGAAACUAUACUUGCAAAUAAAUCAUGUAAUAUGAUAAAUUGACUAAAUAUCUUUAAUU